AUGAUCGAUUCUGCUAAUAUAAAAUAAUCUUCUACAGCUGCAACUAGUCGCAAAGAGAGCUAAUUUUUAAGUGGGAAUUGUAGGAUAAUUGGUUACCUUCCUCAAAUCGAGUGUUGCCAUUAAAAAUUGACUCCUUUGAAAAAAAUACUACCUGUUCCAACCAAACUAUUAAAUUUUAUUUUAGCAAACCUAAUAUCAAUUAUUUUGGAAGUAGUAAAAAGAGAUUUACCAACGCCUGAUAUAAGGAUAGAUAAGAUUUUCGUGAUUGAAGAUGACUACUAGAAUGGAAUGCCUUUUAUCAUUAGUAAAUAAGAUAGAACAACAGCUAAAAAUUGUGAAGAAAUCCUAUUUAGAAACUUUUAAAACUUAUGUAAUUCCAGCAAUUUUAUUAUAGGCUCAUAAUUAGGAUGUAUUUCAAAUUAUAUCUAUUGCACUAGCCUUAUUAUGUUUUAACAAUCAAUAUUUGAGACCAAUAAAUUAGAGUAGGCAGCUUUUUAAGAAAACUCUAAAUUGCUUCGAAGAAAUUUAUAAAUUGAAAAAUAAGGAAAAUGCUUUUCGAAUAAAGUAACGCAAGUCCUUAUUAUAAAACCUCCAAAAUACCUUGCCAAAUCUUAAAAUGAGAAUUAAAUUGCAAUAAAGGUAUCACAGGCGAAUGAAGAACUUUAUGAAUUAAGAGAAAUUGAAAUUAUUGAAGAAUUCAAUCAUAAACAUCUCCCCUAUUUAUACGGGUACAUAAGAUAUUCUGAUAUCAUUUUUUUGUUUUUGAAGAAACAUGAUAUGACCCUCUAAGAAAUAUCAAAAAAACUCUGCGAAUAGAGAAAUGAUAUUAAACCAGUUCACAUUGAAUAGAUCUUAUUAAAAUUAUACAGACAAAUGGUAAUUGCCACUAGCUAUUUACAUUCCAUCGAUGUAAUUCACAGAGAUUUAAAACCUGAAAAUAUUAUGUUUGACUUUUAAAGUCGUGUAGAAUUAAUGAUCGAUAUUAUGGAUACACAAGCAACUUGUGUUUUGAUAGACUUUGAUAGAUCAACUCUGGUGGAAAAUGAAAAUCCUUAAAAAGUAUCUCAUCAUGUUGGUACUCCCUUUUAUAGACCUCCAGAAGGAGAAUAAAUCAAAUACUUCCCUACUUAUGAUAUCUGGUAAUUGGGAUUUAUUUGGUUUGUGUAACAAAAACACUUCCAACAUAAAAAUUCUCAAACGUAAGAAUUUUCUCCCAAGUAAAACAAAGUAUAAGAAUUGAAUACUACCAUAAAAAAAAUUGAAGAUUAGAUAAAAUAAUUAAAAUAAAAAAUUUAAGAUCCAAAUUAGAAAUAAGACUCUAUUUAUCAGUUAUAAAGCUAAAUUAAUGAGUUAUAAAAUUAGUUGAAUGAUACUACGAAUCAAAAGAGGUUUUAUUAUCAAGAACUAAUAAAACAAAUUGAAAAGAAAGAAAAUUGUUUUACAUAUUGCAAUAAAUUACAGGAGUUAAUAAAAAAAAUGAUCGAAUUUGAACCUCGGAAUAGAGCCACUCUUGAUCAGGUAUUAGGAACAUUAGACUAAAUUAUAAAAUGA